AUGGAUGACCCAGAAUCCAUCCAUUUUGAAUCCACUUCACAUCCAAACGAUCCAAGCUGUUCCUUCGACAGUCUCGGCUUCCCAGAUAUUCUUUUUGACGACGGAGAUCUGUGGCCUCUCUCUGAAGGCUUCUUUGACCCUGCUGGAGACCUAUCGGGCCUUGACACAUUGCCUCAGAUUGGGGCACCAGAAUCUCUAGAAGAAAACGAUGACUCGAUACAAGACCUGUUCAUCUUCCCUACAGAAAAUCCGCCUCCCAUCGGGGAAUAUCGCGGUACCAAUUCAAAUGAGGGCGCCGACGCAGUGACGCGUAGUCCUCACGACCUUGAAAGCAUACUUCCCAACCACUACGGGUUUGGAUACUGGCUCUCAAUCUGUUCGGGCCCGGGAAUUGCGUGGAUUUGCCAAAAACACAGAUCCGACGAGUUUGCUGAAAUCGCCGAGGAAAUGAAAGCCAGCUGGGCGCGGCAGUUGAAACUAGAGCACACUCAGCCCAUGUCUCAAAGCGCUGAGCCCGAGCCGUCACUUGCUUGGUUGUAUUGCGAAGCCUAUUUCGAGCGCUCAGUGGACAACCUCUGGGAGAGCGUCUAUCGACCGGAAUUCGAACAGCACUUACGGUCUCACCUUUCGGGGAAAGGACAGUGUGACGACCCUGCUUGGUACGCUCUGCGAAAUGUUGUCUACGCUGGAGGCUGUCGGAUGUAUCGCUCCCAAUUUCCAGAAGCCAACUCUUCCGACGUUCAAAGAGAAUCCUGGAGCUAUUUCUCCAAUUCCUUGUCUGUUCAUAGCGAAUUGUUACUCACCAGACCAACAAUGCUCUCAGUUCGAGCUCUACUGACAAUGGCUCUGUUUGCAGAAGGUCUAGCAAGCCCAGCAUUGAGCUCAGGCCUGGCGUCAAAUGCAGCACUUCUUGCUCAAUCCCUAGGUCUUUAUCGGAAGCGAGUUGAUGCCGACGCUGCUGAGCAUUUGGAAGCGCUUCAGUCCACGUGGCUCUUCUGGGCGGUGUAUUGCACCGAGAAACACAUCGCACAGCGUUGUGGCCAACCUUCUUUGAUUGAUGAUGAUGACAUUAGCUGCGACAUACCCGAGAGAGUCCACCCUGGGAGCACUAUUGAACUUGAGACGCUCACCUAUAUCAUUCAGACCUGUCGGUUCUACCACCAGAUCAGUAAGCAGAUGCUCACUACCCGAGCGCUUGAAGAGCCUCCGGAGAGGAUGCUCAGCCUCGUGGAGCAAUUUGACAACCAACUCCAAGCGUGGAAAGAGUCAAUACCGCUACAGCUCCGGCCCACCGAUUUCCUAAAGCAAUUCAAGAUGCCAGGGAACAGGAAGCUUUUGGGACUAAUGACGGCACAUUGUUCCUUCUACGAUCUUGUCAUGGCGGCGCAUUCUACUUUCCUAUACCCAUGGGUCAUAGAAUCGUUCUCCGAGUAUGGAGAUACAGAACUGGCUCAGCGGAUCCAAAAGCAAAUCCACGUCAGUUCGCAUUUGGUCGCAAACGCCGCACGGAGUCUCAUUGUCAUCGUACGGAGUCUGGAUAUGGACAGUGUUGGUACCCAAUCGUUUGCGUUACAUUUUCCCAUGCGGGCCUUUGUGAACCUCUUCGUCUUCGUCCUCCAGAACCCGCGAUCGCCUUCGGUCCAGUCAGACCUGGCGCUCCUGGACGUGGCGGCGGGGUUUUUCGGCCAGAUGGAAUUCAUCACAGGGUCCAAGAUCAGUUUCCCGUUUGCUCGAGACAUUGCGGCCCUCGCUCGAAGCGUCGUUGCCGAAGCCCAAAGAACCUCAUCUGAAGUCUCUGGACAGAUGACUCGCAAUGUCCAAAUGAGUAUUUGA